UCCGUGAGGCAGGGUGUUCCUCCCGGCGAUCGCGGUGCACAGACGUCCUGUCAGAAUUAAGAGGGGUCAGCUCCUCUCACAAGAAGAGGAGGUGCUUAUAGAAGGACCUCUCCGUCUUUGCUUCCUUUCUCGGAGCCCUGGAAUCCCAGGAGUGGGCUGGCAGCAACGGCAGAGAGACAGCCUGUUGUGUGCUCAGAGUCGGGAGAGGGCCAGCGGGCUUUUCCCCAUUAGCCAGAGCCUGGUGCCUCCGAGGCUGGCCAGAGCCAACUCCACUAGAAGGGACCAGAGGAGCUCAGCAAUAAUUCAGGGGCUCUAGCUUUUUGGAAUCUGUUGCCAGGAAAUAGGGAGACAGGCACGUGCAUCCCUGGGGAGAGGAAUCAGUUUCCAGCCCAGACAAAGCAGUGAAAUGUAAGCCCAGGGUGCCGACUGGGGCCCUGGGGACCUUCCCACUCCAGUUCACCGAGGCUGAGUGGACACAAGGUGGGGCACAGCUGCUUUGGCUAGUCACAGGGGCUUCAGUGUAGCUCCUAGACCUAAGGAUUUUUGUGAACAGAGAGGAUUUUUCUGAAGCCAUUCUAAGGGAUCAGCAAACUCAAGUACUCCUAGGCCUAGGGAGGAGGCCUCUCUUAGAGAAAUGCCUUCAUUAUUUUCGACCAAUAUGGGUCAAGACGAGGGACUGAAGUGGUGAAAGCCUGCUCUAUCCGCCCCCACCCCAGACUCCUUUGGAUCGGGUUCACCUGCUGGGCACUGUGCCAGCUAGGGAGUCUGGUGCAUCUUUAAUGAAGUCACCUGAUCCCUGGAACAGGCUCUUGGCCUCACCAAGUUCCUAGAGCCAGACCCACUGGUGCCCACUGAGCCACCACCUUCCUGUGCCUCGGUGCCAGGCCCCUUGCCCCAGCAGCCAUGAACCAGGCCUUUUGGAAAACCUAUAAGUCCAAAGUGCUACAGACCCUGAGUGGGGAAUCUGAGGAGGACCUGACAGAGGAGAGGGAGAACCCAGCAUUAGUGGAGUCUGAGAAGACAGAACCAACCGAGGAGGCGUCCAAUGCCAUGUCACAGCUGGCCCGCCGGGUUCAGGGGGUCGGGGUGAAAGGUUGGCUGACAAUGUCAUCUCUGUUUAACAAAGAAGAUGAGGACAAGCUUCUGCCACCGGAGCCCUGUGCUGACCACCCGCUGGCGGCGCGGCCCCCCUCGCAGGCGGCAGCGGCGGAGCCGCGCGGGCCGGGAUUCUGGGACGCGUUCGCCAGCAGGUGGCAGCAGCAGCAGGCGGCGGCGGCGUCCAUGCUGCGCGGCGCCGAACCCACUGCGGAGCCGGACCCUGAGCCCCGGGACGAGGCCGCGGAGGAAGCUGCUGAGCCCCCGGAGCUGCGGGAGGCUGACCCGGCGGCCGGCUUCAAGUGGGGCUUCCUCACCCACAAACUGGCCGAGAUGAGGGUGAAAGCCGCGUCCAAGGGCGACUAGCCGGCAGGCCGAACUGGACGCCCGCUCCUCCCUUCCCCUCAUA